UGCGAAGAACAACGAAAAACGGCAACAGCAGCGAGAGUAAUGAGACUGAGAUUUUGAUGAAAAGUUCUGCCAUCAUUCGGUUAGUCAUCUCUUUAGGACAAUUUCCUUCAUUUCACUCCUGGCGAAUGCUUCACAAGGCCUCUCAGGAUGUUUUGGAAGCAUUUUACGCCGCCCGUGUCCGAGUUAGAUAAUCUCUUGGCGAAGGAUGAUUGCACGCUCACUGAAGUUUUGGACGCAGAAGAUGUACUACAGGAAUGCAAAGGCAUCAACAACAAGCUGUUGAAGUUCCUCACUCGGGAUGACAACAUGGAAGAGCUUGUCUCUCUAGUAACAUUGGAGCCACUGGACGAUGUGGACGAGGCGGAGCGGUUCAAGCACCCCAACACGGCUUGCAAUAUCCUGACGUCAGGUGCUGGGACGAUAGUUGACAAACUAAUUGCUGAGGAGCCGCUCAUGGAUAAGCUGUUCGAAUUUAUGGAGAGCGAGCCGCCUCUCAACAGCCUGCUAGCUAGCUUCUUCUCGCGCGUAGUGAUAGAGUUGUUCUCUAAAAAAGCAUCGCUCAUGCUGACCUACAUCUCUUCCAAAACUGGACUCGUAGAUUCGUUCCUGUCCCACAUUGACACAUCAGCAAUCAUGGACUUGCUGAUGGGCAUUGUCAGCGCCUUCCAGAUGCCGGAGGAGCGUCAGGAGAUCUGCAAGUGGCUGGAGGAGCACGGCAUCGUGGAGAAGCUGGUGGAUCUGAUCAGCGGCGACGUCGGCGCGGAGAAGCAGCGCAACGCGGCGCGCACGCUCACCGAGCUGCAUCGGCACGGCUACGAGUUCCUGUCGAUGAACUACGACAGCAUCACACAGGACGACCUGCUGGAGGUGCUGGAGAGCAACGCCGUCGUUGAGCGGCUGCUUCGCAACAUGUUGGCGAGCCGCAACGUGACGGGACCGUUCUGCCACGGGCCCGAGUUCCUCUGCUCCAUGCUGAACCUGCAGCAGAUGGGCACGCAGACCAACGGCAUCAUCGCCGACCACAUCCAGUACCCGAACGUGACGAACGAGGACGCGGCGCGGCGCGUGUCCGAGUGUGUGGUACCGUUCCUGCCGCAGCUGAUCGACGUGCUGCGGAGUCCGCCGUCGUCGCAGCCCAUCCUGACCAGCGCCGGCCACAUCCAGGUGCCGCUCGGCCCCGCGCGCCUCGCCAUCAUCCGCCUGCUCACCUCGCUCACGCAAGUCGGCUGCGUCGAGUACGACCGCGAGCUGGCGCAGCUCAACCUGGCCAGCAUCCUGCUGGAGCUGUUCGCACACUUCGAGUGGAACAGCUUCCUGCACACCUACGUCGACCAGUUCAUCGGCUUUGUGCUGGGCAGCUCGUCGGAAGCCGCCACCGACCUCAUCCGCUCGCUGAUCCUUGACGCGCGGUUACUGCAGCGCUUUGCCCAGAUCGCCAUGGAGAACGAGAAUGAGCAGAUGAGCAGCAGCGGCAAUGGCGGUGGUAGUGACGGAGAGCGAGGCACCGGCGACAACGAGAACGCUUCCAACGACAGCGGCAACGGUGGCGGUGACACACAGCAGCAGCGGGGCCAGCAGCAACGGCGGCGGCGUCGCCGUGGCUACAUGGGCCACGUGGUGAACAUCAGCAACGCCGUGCUGCACAGCCUGGACGCGAGCGAGGAGCUGCGCAACGCCGUGGAGCGCGUGGACACGGACGACCUGGACGAGUGGCGGCAGUGGGUGGACGGGCCGCUGGAGACGGUCAACAAGAAGAACAACUCGGUGCUUGGUGGCACCAUUCCCAGCCUCAUGUCCAUCGAGGAUAGCGACGAGGACAUCCCCAUCGACACACCUCAGCAGCAGCCACCGCAGAUUGCCGACGCGUUCUCCUUCUACCAGACGCAGCAGAUGGCGGCGGACUUUGCCGACAGCUUUGGCUUUGAGGACGAGGACUUCAGCGGCGACUUUGAACAGUCGGAGAACGCGCCGUUCCAACACGGCACCAACGUGGAUUUUGAAACACCGGCGGACGCGGACGCCAACAGCUCCAGUCUGUUUGAGCAGGCGUGCUCGGAGCGUCUUCAGCGCUACUCCGACAGUGACGACGGAGAUAGUGAUGGUGAUGACACCAACACCGCCGCUGGCAGGGCGCACGGGUUUGGACAGGACGACUGGAUCGAGAAGGAGCCGACCGUCCAGACUGCAGCGGGCUUCGGCGGAGACAUCGUUGACUCAGAUAGUAGCACGGAAAGCGGCGACUCUGGAGCGAAUCCUACACGGAGACGUGCGGAUGAUUCCAGCGGCGACGAGGACGACGACGAAGAUGAUGAAGAUGACGACGACGAGGAGGAGGAUGCCAAGCAGGCGCCGUUUGUGAUCCUCUCGCGCCAGGUGCCGCUGAGUCGCCUCAGCAAGACAGCGAGUGGUGGUGGUGCAGCCAGCGGCAAUGCUGCUGCUGCUGCGGCGUCAGUCGGCGGCGGUGCACCGAGCGGCGACGUGAACAAUCUGUUCAUGGACGUGACGCAGACCCACAGUUGGACGGCCAACUUCGACGCCAUGGAUAUGGACACCUCCUCCUCGUCACUGGCAUCCUCUGGCGACGCAACAAACACCGCUGGUGACGCGACGGCGGUGGUGAACAGCAGCGCGGGCACGGCGACCAGUGCGACACCGCUGACCGGCUGGGCGUCGUUCGGCGCCUUCGACGGCCGAGAGACGGCCACCUCCGGCGAGGCCAGCAACAGCGGCAACGACGAAGCGCCGUUGGUUGCGGCGUCGGGCAACGCCACCAUCGUGCAAGCACUGCCCGAUGGCGGCAGCUCAUCCUCGACGCCGGCCGUCGAUAAUAACGACGAGCACAGCUCCAGCAGUUGUGAAGUGUCGUCGACGGACGAUUCGGAUGACUCGGACGAGCGUGACGGUUCCUAUUCGUUCAGCCAUAUGAGCAGCGGGUCCGACGGUGAGUCAACUCCGACAACGCUCCCUGCGGACGAUGGCAGAGGAGAGGACGAUUCGGAGCAGGCAACAGUACAGCCGGUAACUGCACUCUCCCCGGCCACCGCGCCUAGCUCAAUAGCUUCGCAGGAUGGCGAUGACAAUAGCGACUCGCGCGGCGAGGCAAUGGACAUCGACACGGAUAGUGCGGCACCACCGGCCGAGUCUGCACCCGUCGAGGUGUCCUCAUCCGACUAGGCGGUGUUUCUCCGCGUUGUUAAUCUUUAGGUGUACAUAGAGCAACGAGGAAUGAAUUCACAGUGCUGAGCGUGGCCAGCGUGGUCUGUGUCGUCGCAUGCGCACUCUCCGUGACACACCAGUCCUGCGUGCGUACAUGUGUGCGUGUUACUCUUUACAACGGACUGACCCCCCGGCUAGCUGACUCACUCACUGACUGACACUGUGCUUGUAGACCUCUACCCUCUCCUCCCGGCGCCGUAUGCACACGUGACCCGGGACAUUUUCAAUCACCAUCGUCGUGACUCAGCUAGCGUGCUGACUGGAAUGUUAUAACCUCCAGCUUACUUCCUACGAACACUCGACCCGCAAGUGUCUCUCACCUUUUGGCCCUUAUCUGUCAGCUGUCCUCCCCGAGUGUGUUCUUUAUAAGUAGUUCUCUUAGAGAAGGAGAGAGAUGGGAAACGGCGGUCGUCUCAACAGUGUGUCCCGUUCCGACCUGAUAUGAAUGAACUGUUUGAUCUACAUGACGCAUCGCGGUAACGCUAACGUAACACUCUCUACCGGAUUUCUCGGCCGCUUGUCCCACCAGCCCACCAGUGUACCGACCACCGGUCUCUCUCUCUCUCUCUCUGUCUGUCUGUCUGUGUGUCCGUGUCGGUGAGAAUGUUUGUACUAGUUAUCUUUCUCGGAAAUGUAGAAUGUUCAGUAAGCGGACUCCUGCUUGGAACUGAGCAAUGCCGCAGCCGCUAUUUGGUGAGAUGCGCUUGGGCGAAAGAGUGUGUGUGAGGAGGAGAGAUAGCACAUGGUUGACUGGCGACUGGCUUUACUACGAGGCGUUGUGUCCGUCGUCCCCUGUCUGUUUGCGUGUUGUCACAGCGUGGAUGUGGCCUGCCGUUGGGCUGUUGGACAGACUAUUGUAGGCUGCCGGCCUCUGAGUGUGGUCCUCGUGUCGGCCGGCUAUCUGAUGUAUAUUCAUUUGUUUGAUUUGACUCGUGCCCAUGUCGGUUUGUGUUAGCCCAUUGUAAACGUGAUAGCGCAUUCUACUGGACGACGCCGGUGGUAAACUACUUGCUGGUUCUCCCCCGCUCUCUCGUCUGUAUUCAUUGACGUUCUUUCUCGUACUUUUUUCUUCCUUUUUGGCACGGCGGCCAUCUCGUACCAUGCCGAUAGCUCGACUCCUGCAUUUGCCCGACCUGUGAGUCGUAACAGAUGCAGCCUAAAAUCACCCCUGCAGUCCUCCCCCGUUGCUGUUCUUUCUCCCCCGCUGCCCUUGCCCCUGUUGCGUGCUCCACAUCCCACUACGCAGCGACUCUGACUCGGUUGUUGUCGUCGUCGUUGUCGUUGUUUUGAUUCUAAUUUGACAAGACUAGACUGUUUGCAGCUCGAUCGUGGCCGCUGCAUUUGAUAAUGUUCUUUCGGGUUUUUCGUUGUCGGUGGGAGCGUGUAUUGAUAUUGACGUUGUGUGUGUUCCUCUCCACCUGCCCUCCUUCUUAGAUUUUCUUCUGUACCACAUGCACAUAUAACUAUGUACAAUGUACUCGUGUUUUGGCUUUCCGUACGCGGCGGCGGCGGAAGUGCUGCUGCUGCCGCCCGCGUCGCUUAGUUUUUUUGUAUUUUGAUCCCAACUGUUCGUAAUCAUUUAAGACCGUCGUUGCCUGUGACGUGGUGGCGUCGUUUCUGCCAUUUGCAUUUUAUUUUAUUUCUCCUCGUCCCAUGCCCCCCCCCCCCCCGUACAGUACGAGCAUACCGCGUGCGUAUGUCCUUUGAGCUUCUAUCUAUUUUCUCCCCCCCCCCCCUCCCAUUCUAUUGUGCCCUCUCUUACCGAGAGCUGUGAGUUCUCUGUGCUGACUGUAGUCUUUCAUUGGGCAUGGAUUGUACAUGGCAUGGAUUGUACAUGCGGUGUGUGUUUCUUUUAACCACGGUUUUCAUUUUCAGUGCAGCAGUGUUCGCCAGUAUCUUCUUCUGCGCCCAUGCUUUUUUUCCUUGUCGUUUUGUUCUUCGGUCCUGCUUCUCUCUCCCACUAUGUAGGGAACGCUCGGUUGGAGGUGGCUUGCUUGUCAUGUCGGUUUGUUGUCCUUGAUUUGUUUUGUUCCCGUGUUCACCUCCCACACAUUCACCUCUUUUCUUGAUGCUGGCUGGCCAAGCAAGGAUGAUGUCUAAGUAAGAAACGACGACGA